CCUGACAAUCGUGGGGCUGAGAGGCGCCCUCGCUCUCCGCGGCGCCGGGGUCACGGCUCCCCACCCCUUUCCUCUCCUUCGCGCGGCCCGAAUCCGGGUCCCAGCCGCGCAUCGGGGCUGCCCCUUGCGCUGGUUCCGGGCGCCCGGCCUGGGCAUGCAGCUUCAGCGGGGACUGCGGCUCUUGGGGCUCCGGGCCUACGCCGGCCCAGCUGCCGCGAACGGAGCCCCAGGCGUCCGCCGCGGCCCCCGCCCCCGCGCGCUGUUCGUCGGCUCCCGGCCCCGCCCCGGUCUCCGCCUCCGCCUCCGCCUCCGCCUCCCGCCCAGCUCCAGGCCGCUGCGCUGGGCAGCCGCCCCCGCUGCGGGUCCAGACGCGCCACCCGCUAGCGCCGGCAGCAUGGAGCGCCCCGGAGCGGGAGAAAUAAAUUCCAAUGAGUGUGAAAAUGUGUCAAGAAAAAAGGAAAUAUCAGAAGAAUUUGAAGCCAGUACUGUGGAUUCCCUGGUAGAUGUGCCAUUUGCUACUAUAGAUAUUAAAGAUGAUUGUGGAAUCACCGAUGUACCUCAAAUAAAUUUGGAGAGAAGUAAAGAAAAUGAAUGGAUCAGUAAAGAUCAAAUACAGAAGAGGAGAAAAAAGCACAAAGACUAUCAACCCAACUAUUUCCUGUCCAUUCCGAUCACCAACAAAGAGAUUACAAGAGGAGUUAAGAUCCUGCAAGAUGCAAUAAUACAACAAGAUAAGCGACUGUCCAAAGCCAUGACCGGUGAUGGUUCCUUUCAUGUUACCCUGCUAGUGAUGCAGUUGUUAAACGAUGAUGAAAUAAACAUUGGUAUUGAUGCUCUUUUGGAAUUAAAACCAUUCAUAGAAGAAAUCCUGCGAGGCAAACAUUUGAUUUUGCCCUUUCAAGGGGUUGACACUUUUGGAAAUCAGGUUGGAUUUGUGAAGCUGGCAGAAGGAGAUCACAUAAACCCACUUUUGGAGAUAGCAGAGGCAGCAAAAAGGAUAUUUCAAGAAAAAGGCAUCUUGGCAGGAGAGAGCAGAAGUUAUAAGCCUCAUUUGACCUUCAUGAAAUUGUACAAAACACCAUGGCUCUGGAAGACGUGGUUUCAGACUUUAUCACAGAAUGACAAAUCAGUGGUGAAGGCACUAUACAGAGUGUCAGGGCCUCAGCCAGGCUGGAAGCAGGCAUGCUGGCCAGGGGAUCAGGCGGCACCCAGCCCUGUAAACUGGCCCAAGAGCAGCGGCUUGGGCAGAACUGAGGCUGAAUGGGAAGGGCCUCCAUCAUCCCAACUGAGAGGGGCUGACGGAGGACUGCAGCUGAGGCGUCUGUACCAGGAGGAGAAUGGAAAUGAAACAGUGCAAAUAAUAGUGAAAAAUGUAGUUAUGCCAAGAGAUGAAGGGUUCAUUUAAAAAUUAUAAAGUAAGAUUUGUUUCAGAGAAGGCCCAUGUUAACAUUUAAUCUUAUCACUUUGAAUCACCAAUAUAUAACUUUUCAUUAGGGGCAGUGAUCAUAAAAAAUGAUUUUAGGUUUUUUUCCAAUAUCAUACGACUAAAGAUACAUAACCUUUUUCCACUUAUGAAAAUGAGUGCAAAAGAUUGCCAUUUCUCUUUAGCCAGCUGAUGCCCCAAAUAACAAGCCAAUUUGGUUUGGCUCUUAAUUUACCUUCUGAAUUUUGGUUUCAAAUCAGUAUCACAGGACAUGUACAUUUCUUUCAUAGCCAUUGCAUGACAGGAAUAAACCAUUGGAAAACACAGCAGAGCUCUAGGAAUGUCAAGCUGUGAUUAUUAUAAAAAGAUAACAGGUCACAAUAAAAAAUUAUCUUCUAUUAUAAAAAAGUCUCAAUCUUCUUAAUCAAAUGGGCAUUUCAUCAUUCCUCUGAUCUCAACAACUUUUGCAUGGAAAUUAAAGAUGGAUAAUAAGUAGUUUAUCUUUCAGAACCUUAAAUGAACGAUUUCCACAUUCAGAUUGUUGACUAACGUGAAUUUUCAUAUUUCAUGGAGCUUUACUUCCUGUAUUGAAAAUAGAAUCCAAUGCAUAGUAACAUAAGUCUGAGCCCUCUUUGGUACAUACUAAAUUAUACACAUCAUUUAGUUAAAUGUAAAUGAUGUGGUGAGUGUUUUCCUGAGUAAAUAAUUUCCAUUACUUAUCAGAUGCAGCCAUUAGAUGAUUCUAAAAAUACUACUCAUCAUGCUCUCAGUGACAGUUUUCCUGUAUUGGCUAUUUAGGUGCCAAGUUAUAAUCAAGAGUGAAGUUCCUCAGGGUUUCAUGGUACAUCAUAUCAGAGGUUGUCAACUGCUUUGAAUAUUAUUAAUAAUUCUCCCUAAACUGUGAUAAAACUAGGCCAAAGCGAAGUGAGACUUCAGUCAUUUCAAAUGAUUAAUGAAGACAUUUGAAAAGCUUUUCUGUUUGAUGUUUCUUGCAAUUCAUUUAUUGUUUCCAAGUCUGAUAGCUUAUGUUUAACUUCUGUUUUCUCUUUCGGUGUUAUGUUCCAUUUGAUCAGUUAUGUGGGGUACAAUUAUAAAUGUGAAACCCUUAAAAAUACACCCUGUCCCUGCGAAGUCCAAGACAAAAAGAAUUUUCACACACAGCAGUAGACAAUCACCAGGCAUGUUCAGAAUUCCAGGGAUGAAGCAUUCUUAGCAUGGCUUUAGUGAAGAUACCCUACAUAUUAUUUCUCUACAUUUGAAAUAACCUCAACUCUCUUAGCCUUUACAAAGGUCAAUUUUUUGUGGCUUUGACCUUUUUGUGAUUUUCUUUGAGCUCUCCUAACAUGUUAUACCUCCAUCGAUCUUUAAAUGACAAGGCUUUGGAAAGGGUCUGGUUUAUGAAGAAAGGAAACAGGGGAUAAUUUGGGGGAUCUAAAACCUGAAAAUAAUGCCAUCACCCAGCCUUUUUUUUUAGCUUUAAAAUAUAACCUUGCAGGGUGGUUUCUCUUGGACUAUUUUGGCAACCCAAUGAUCCAACAGAAAAUAGGAGACUUGUUACCUUUAUUCUAAAUGAUAUCUAGUUUUGAUGUAUUCAUUUAUUUUCUAUAAAUGUUAGUCAUUUUUUUUAUUAUGAAAGAAAAGCUGCACCUGCUGCCGCUGGAUGGAGAUAUGAUUCAGAUAUGAUAGAUUUUACUAGAAAAGAAAUAUACUGCCAUGGGACAAAGAGCCUGAAAAAAUGAAAUAUAUUGCCAAAUGAAAAAUUCCCCAGAGAACAAAGAUCAUGCUAAUAUUAUAUAUCAGACAAAGCAGAUUCUUAUCUGUUUCUAGAUAUUUUAUUAUUGAAGAUGUUAGCUGAUCAGAGUUUAUAAUUUCAGUGCCUCUUAAGGCCUCAUGCCUGUUUGAACCACAGCUCGCUCGCUCUCUCUCUCUAGAUUACGAGUUAAAGAAUAAAUUCCAUUUCACGCUCUAGUAAAACUUAACUUCUUAAGGUUCAUACUGGAAAUCAUCUGUGAAUUGUGAACAAUUCUUGAAAAAUAGUUGGUGCUUACUUUUUACUAAAA